AUGGAUCACGAUACUGAACCUCUCCAAGUGGUGUCAUAUGCGGAGAUCAAGAGAGAAUGUCUCCCUUCAUCAGAACCGAAAGAAAAGCCAUCUAUGUUAUUCCAUUCCCCCAGUCAUGACCCAACACUAGCACCUCCUCCUUUAAGCCCAUAUCCCAGGGAAUCAGAUACCUUCGAUUCUUCCUCAAUCACCCCAACAUACCGUUCCACCCCAUCAUUUCCAGUCGACAGAUUUGCAAUUGCGACAAGGACCGACUCACUAGCAUCUGGUUUCCCAUUCCAUCAACGACUCUUCGACUUCAGGGUCACACACGAUGAAUGGCAUCUAUUCACUGGCGAGAUAGUGCAAGCUGCAAACUUGUCAUUGCAAGAAGAUUGGGCCGCCUGGACAGCAGGCAUCUCAACCGGUGUCCUUAGCACUAGCAUUCUGGUCUUCGGAGGCCCUGUUGCGGGGUACUAUACGGGACGAUCCGUACACCGGAAGAAAGUGAUUGAGAAAGUCAAGGAAGGACUGAUGCACCAAGGGAACAUCAGAGCGACGCUUCACGAAUGGAACGAGCAAACAUUUCGAGACAAGGGGUUUCAAGCAUGGCUGGAAUUACCAGUUAUGAAGGGAGAAAUAAAUGGUGAAGAAACUGACGAGAAGGAGAAGAGUAAGAAAAGUAAGAAGGACAAGAAAGAAAAGGCAAAGGAGCAAAGUCGGUUUAGGAUUCUAAUCAUACCGACGUCUGCGCCCAUGGGCAGAUUGAUGGGGAAUGAUCCGUCGAGUUGGAAUUUAGCUGACAACCCAUCGAGUCAACGGGCGGGGAUUGCGGAAGCUCCUGAUUCACAACCACGAAUGGCAGAGAUGGCAUAA